GGAAGGAAUACCCUGGAUUGAGUAAAAUUGCCAGGCUGACUUUGAUGCUUUCGAUUUUUUACACCAAUUUCGCCAUCCUGCUUGUGUUGUAUAGCGUACCUUUGUUCAGGCCCAGCGAUAGCUUGAGUGCAUUUUCCCAUUACGGUUUUCACUGGAAAAUUAUCUGGACUACUGUUGUUAGUUUCGUCAUAACGUUUCUUCUGCACUACCCUUUAGUAUACCAUUUAAAGCGAAAUCGAAAGAAGAUUUGUUGGAUUUUGUUGAUAUUUUUAAUCACUUUAGCGAUGCUAGCGAGUUUAAUAUUGGGUUUUUGGGUACCCUACAUCACGAGCUUACUCUGGCUGACUUCCUUGAUAGCCGGUUUGUUUAUAUACGUUUUCCUUUUGGAAAAUUUGGUUUUGAUUUUUGAAAAUUUAACGAAAACACAAGCAGAUCGCAUACGCUAUUUGCUCGAAAAUAUUUCGUUGAAAUCCGUGGAAAAUCAGCGGGAAAAACUGUACAGAGCAUUCGGAAAAUACUCUUUGAGGCCAUAUUUCGAACACCUAUACAAACCAUUGGAUAUUGACAAUGUAAAGGAAAUCAAACACCGCGCGAUGAUGAAGGAAAAACUCCACUACAUUUUUGAAGACAUAAUAAUGAUUGUUACGUACAUUUUAUUAUUGUAUUUGCUUAUUUUCCUCCACAAGGACCCCAUGAUUUCGGUCAGUAACGAAGAGAUGAACGGUUUGAUAGCAGGCGAACAUUCCCGAACCCGUUUCGACUCGUCCCGAGGCAAAUACGGGAUAUUAGAUUACAUCGAAAAUACUCUAAUAUUCUCCCUGCACUCUCCCGUGUGGUACGGGAGAUUCGCGAGCAAAGAUCCCGGCAUGACCGUGGACAAUUCGAACAAAUACGUGGGCAGGGCGCGGCUCCGGCAACACCGCUCAGGUGAAUCCCCCUGCCGGGAAAUCCUGCGGGAUUUUGUUUGCGUGUCCCGCUUCUCCGAGCGCCCGGUAUACCGGAGUUUCAGCGAAUCCUGGCGAAACGAUUCCGAAUCGGAUAGAUUCGCCCGCAUGGACUCGGCUUGGAAGUACCGAGACGCCGGGACUUCCCCGUACAUCGGUGAAAUAGACAGUUACCCAGGAGGCGGUUACGUAUUGCCGUUAGGGAGAACUUUGAAGAAUUCCUUGACGAAUUUCCGCUAUUCGAAAAGACAUCGUUGGUUCGACAGGAGCACCAGAAGCUUGUUCGUGGAAUUUUUGGCUUAUACAGCCAACGCGAACAUUUUGAAUUCGGUUACCGUGGCUUUCGAAGUCGGCCUGACGGGAUACGUUCGAAUGAAACGCGAAGUGAUUACUGCGAGGUUGUUGUUGGUGGGCGAUGGUAACGCGUUAUUAUGGCUAGUAACUGUUCCAUUUUUCCUAAUAGUGGUGAUUCUGGCGUUGAAAUCGAUCCGGAACAUAAUAAAAAACAAGUUAUUAUGGUUGAAAGACGCCUGGUGUUUGAUGGACGCGUCGAUUGUUUUAAUGACGAUCGCCUGCGCCGUUUUGUACGCGAAGAGAUCGACUUCUUUAGGUGAAUUUUUGGACGAGAUUGAACGGGCUAAACGUAACGUGUUUGUGAAUUAUUUCCAUCUCUUUCGCAUGGAGAAGCUGCUGACGAUCACGUCGGCUAUGUUGGUGUUUUUGGCUACGUUCAGGUUGUGGAAAUUGCUGAGGUUUAUGUGCAUAAUUCGCGUGGUAGAGAAGACUUUGAGCCUCUCGCGGUACUAUUUAAUUUCCGUGUUUAUCUGCCAUUUUCAUUUGAUCGUUGUUUUCACUGUAGCGGGAUUUUUGUUGUUCGGAGACGAUUCGGAGGAUUUCAAUCGGUUAACGGACAGCUUCGUGAGUUUAAUUUUAGCUUCGAUAGGCUUCUUUAGCUUCGAUUUCGACGCCUUCGAGUCUCCCUUGCACUAUUUCUACUUCAUCGCUUUCGUAUCGUCCACCAUGCUGAUUGGCACCGUGUACGUCGCCAUAAUAUCGAUUUCUUUCGCCGAAUCCAAGAAUUUCUACUCCAAUUACCGGGAAUACAACGUUGUGGAUUUCAUUAGAGAAUAUUUGGACUACUACAAAGAAUGCGCGGUAGUUAAAUGGAAGAAACUUCGCUUAAAAGGCGGCGAAGACGCCCCCGCAAAGAGGCUAUUGGUAUACCCGAAGUCGGACGAAGAAAGAUACGCCGAUAGCUUGAGAAUCGAUCGAAUCAGGAUGGAAAGGAUGCGGCAAUUGGCGAGGAACGUUUUGAGGAACGUUCGAAUAGGGGAACCCCGCAUGAACGAUGACGAUGUUCGGUUGAUUGGCGACACUGUGGCGGCUUUAAGAGCGCAAAACGAGGAAAAUGUUAUCUAUUUUAUCGAUAAAACGGCCGGAAGGACGAGAUUUGUCGAUAACCAGACGCUUUUAGAUAUCGAGAAAUCGUUGAACAAUGCUUACUGUAGGAUAUCGAACGAGGAUUCGUUUAGAGAUGAUGCUAAUAAGCGAAUCGAUACCAUUUUAAGGAGUAUCGAGGUUGUUAGUAAAGGUUUGGAAUCAAUUGUGUUCGAUUGAGUUGUUAUAAUUAG